CGGAGACAUACGACCGAGCGACCGCACUUAUUUUAAGGCAAAGAAAAGCAAUUUGACAGACAUUCAAACAAAUAUUUGAUACUGACUACUGUUAACAGUGUCUAUAUCAAAAACCCAAAAAGGAAACAAAGAGAAAAAAAAAAGGGUUUAUUUGAUUUUGAUUUCUUGAAACAAGGGUUUCAUUCUCUGUAAAUCUUCUUCGCAUACUGUCUGCAGAAUAACACAAAUGGAAGGUGGUAAGGGAGCAGAAGCAGGAACUUCAUCUGGGUCUUCCUCAGUUGUUAAUGGAGAUUUGAAGAACAAACAAGCAGAGGAAAUUGCUGAAAACUUGUCAAAGAUUAGGGUUCUUGAUAAUGACCAUGAUGAUGAUGAUGUUGAUGUUGAUGAUGAUGAGCAACAUCAAGAGGGUUUCUCUAAGUUUGUUCCUGGUCCUCUUCUUCCUCUUAAGGAGCAGCUUGACAAGGAUAAGGAUGAUGAAAGUUUAAGGAGGUGGAAAGAGAAGCUGCUUGGUUGUGUUGAAGGCGAUUUGAACGGGGAAAAGGAUCCCGAAGUGAAAUUCCUCUCAAUAGGAGUGAUAUCAAAAGAUGUUGGGGAGAUCACGUGUCCAUUGCCGGUCAAAGAAAGUCAAAGUGGUCGCCCUCUCUUUACACUCAGGGAAGGAGUUCCGUAUAGGCUUAAGCUAACAUUCACUGUUCUCCACAACAUUGUUUCUGGUCUCACGUGCAUCAAUACCGCGUGGAAAGGAGGAAUCCAAGUGGAUCGAAUCAAAAGUAUGUUGGGUACAUUUGCUCCCCAAAAGGAUGCAUACGUCGAAAUGUUAGACGAAGAGACCACGCCAAGUGGCAUUCUUGCAAGAGGAAUAUACACAGCAAAAUUGAGGUUUGAAGAUGAUGAUAAGAGGUGUCAUUUGGAGCUUGAUUAUUCUUUUGAGAUCAAGAAGAAAAGCUGAUAUUCAUGUGGGAAAUUUGAUCCUUCAUGUCUAAACAUGAUUUCCACUCCCAGUUUUUAACCUUUUAUUACUUAAAGAUGUUCGGUUUCGAGUAGAAUCUUUUGCUCAAUUCUAAACAAGACUGCUAUAUCAACUUGUACUUUGUUCAAUGUAAGUUGUACUUUGUGGAUUUCGUCGUUUGAAAAA